AACUUCUUUGCUUUAGAGUUAGUUAGUCGGCGAGUAAGUGCUUAUAACGGUCUGGCAAAAAUAUCCAUUUCUCUGUGUUUUCCCUAAAUUUUUUCAUCCCCUUACCAAAAAAAAAAAUAAAAAAAAGGAAAAUCAAAGAAAAAAGCUGAAAAGAAAAAUAUACUAAAAAGCCUAAUCGCAUAAAACAAAUACAAAACCAACAAACCAAUAAAAUUAUUGUUCCUUUUAAUUUUUAAGUCAGAAAAAAGAAAAUUCUAUCUACCUUAAGAAAAAAAGAAAAUGUAAAGAAAAGAAAAAUCCAAUCAAAGCCAGAAAGAAAGAAAAAAAAUGAAAAAUAGCAACGGGAAAAUACAUAAAAGUUAAAAAAUUAAUAUUUAAAAAAUUCCAAAAAAAAAUAAAUAUUGAAAAUGGAAAAUCACUAAAAUUUCGAGUGAAAAGAAAAACCAAGUGAAUGUGUGAAUCAAAUGAAAAGUGCUAUAGAUACACAAAAGAAAAAACCGACCAAAAUCAUGACUCCGGAUUUUGAAGGCCAAAAAUAAUUUUAAAAAAAAGUUCAAAAUUUUCAACAUCACGUCGUCGUCAGAAAAACGCCAGAGUUUUAUUUUUGGAAUUAAUCACACGACGAAGGAGUGAAGAAAGGAAGAAGAAAAAUUAAUCAUUUCUUUUCUUUUUUUUCUCACCUAAAAAGGAACAAAACAUCAGAAGUAAUUUUGAAUUCAGCAUAACAUCAGUACCGCGGAAAGACCGCGGCAUAUUAUGUCGCGUGACGACUAUAACUCUGUGACCGUUGUUAGUUCUGGCAUUCGUAGUCCUGGCCGGUCGAGGCGGCUAACUGAAUUACCAACAGUAGACCGUUCACCAUCACGGGAUUACGGUGCGCGUGGAAGUCCUUUAGCAAUGGGCAGUCCAUACUACAGAGACAUGGAUGAGCCGACAAGCCCGGCCGGGGGCGGACAUCACCGGAGUAGGAGCGCCAGCAGACCACCGAUGUCACACGCCAUGGAUUAUCCAAGAACCCGAUAUCAAUCACUGGAUAGAGGGGGGUUGGUGGAUCCACACGACCGUGAGUUCAUCCCCAUACGGGAGCCGAGAGAUCGAUCGCGAGAUAGAUCUCUCGAACGAGGGCUAUACCUAGAGGAUGAACUCUACGGCCGAUCGGCCCGACAGAGUCCGAAUCCUAUAGGUAUCCCCUCAUCUGAUCGGGCAUACCUGGGGGACCUUCAGCAUCAGAACACUGACCUGCAGCGGGAACUGGGCCAACUUAAACGCGAAUUAGAGCUUACAAAUCAAAAGUUGGGCAGUUCCAUGCAUAGCAUAAAGACGUUCUGGUCGCCGGAGUUGAAAAAGGAACGGGCUCUGCGAAAGGAGGAAAGCGCCAAGUAUAGUCUCAUCAAUGAUCAAUUGAAGUUACUUAGCAGUGAAAAUCAGAAACAAGCAAUGUUGGUGCGUCAAUUGGAAGAAGAAUUAAGAAUGAGAAUGCGUCAACCAAAUAUCGAGAUGCAGCAACAAAUGGAAGCAAUUUACGCAGAGAAUGAACACUUGCAGCGUGAAAUCAGUAUCCUACGUGAGACAAUCAAGGAUCUGGAGUGCCGUGUGGAGACGCAAAAGCAGACACUAAUAGCGCGUGACGAGAGCAUUAAAAAGCUCCUGGAAAUGCUACAAACGAAGGGUAUGGGUAAAGAAGAAGAACGUCAAAUGUUUCAGCAAAUGCAGGCGAUGGCUCAAAAACAGAUGUAUAAUUUCAACAAUCCAGCUGGAAGUCCUCCACUGCCCGAUAUACUUGGCCAAUACUAUUGCCCGUCACCGCUAGACAUGUAUGGUACCUCGCCGCCAACGGGUCUCUCCUACGACCCCGUCACUGGAGCCUCGAUGAGCUGUUUUGGCCCAUGUGGGGCAACAUCACCGCCAAUGGCACGCCGAAGACGGUACAGCAUCGGUGGCAUACCCUCGGCCACAAAUAUGAAUGAAUUCUAUAACUAUUCGUCGGCUCACAAUCAGUCGACAACGAAUAUAGCCAAUUUGUUGAAUGAGGCCAAUAAAUCGAUAUCACGCUCCUCGCAGAUACUCAAUCUAAAUCCGCAACGAAUGAGCUGCCCAUACGGCCGCCCUGUAUCUAGCUAUCCGCAACUAAAUCUUGGCGAGACAUCGCCGUAUCUCAAUGACAACCUGAUGCAAAUGUCAACGAGCUUCUCGUCACAGCCGAACAUGUACUUCCAGUAUGACAAGCCGUCAGCAGGCGUUGCGGCUUAUCAACAACAUCAGCCGCAGUAUUCAAGACUUAGGCCAGCGGUGUCCUCGACACAGCUGAACUAUCCUAUUUACAAUCUGACUAGUAGUAGCUACCAACAGCAACUUCCACCACAUAUGACACACAGCUCAUACCAAACACUACAGCAACCCACAGCAACACCAUACCAGCAGGCGGGUUCAUUGCUAAGUCAGCAACGCAAUCAAAUGCAUGCGUUUCACGCUUCUAACCCUGCACUGUCACAAUAUCACCAACAUCAUCUCCAUCAACAUCAAUAUCCGUAUCCAUUGUCAUCAAUAUCACAAACCUAUCAGCAGCAACUGCAACAGCAGCAGCAGCAACAUCCGUUGCAUCACCAGUACAAUUUGGGCUAUCCCCAGCAGCAGCAGCAGUACGGAACUGGUGCGGGCGGAGCCUCAAGUAAUCUACACCAGAAUAUUCAGCACCAAAUGCUUCCUCAGCACCAUCAAUAUCACAUUCAGCAACAGCUUCAGCAAUUGAAUAAUAAUGGCGGUGGUGGCGUCGGAGGCGGUGGCGUCAGUGGUGGCGGAAUUGGAACUUCCGCCACCGGUGCUGGCUUCAAUCCGUCAGCUGCGUCAGCGUUUGAUCAUUUGCAUCCAUCGCAACAUCAUCAUCUCCAUCAUCCACAAUCAUCCACAUUGUAUCAUGUUCCGCCAUACUCGAAACUAGAUUUAGAUUACAAUAAACCACCUGAGAAUAAAAGACAAUUGGACGAAUUCCGUCUUGAAAUACAAAGAAGGGAUCAAGAGAUUAUGGCGAUGGCCGCCAAGAUGAAAACGCUCGAAGAACAACAUCAGGACUAUCAGCGUCAUAUAGCGGUUUUGAAAGAAUCAUUGUGCGCCAAAGAGGAACACUAUAAUAUGUUGCAAACAGAUGUUGAAGAAUUAAGGGCGCGACUGGAAGAGAAGAAUCGUCUGAUUGAAAAGAAGACACAAGGCACUCUCCAAACAGUUCAAGAACGCAAUCGUCUAACGAGUGAAUUGACCGAACUCAAGGAUCACAUGGAUAUUAAGGAUAGGAAAAUCAAUGUUCUUCAAAGAAAGAUUGAAAACCUAGAAGACCUGCUCAAAGAAAAGGACAACCAAGUUGAUAUGGCUCGAGCCCGUUUGGCAGCAAUGCAAGCCCAUCACAGUAGCUCCGAAGGUGCUUUAACUAGCCUCGAAGAAGCCAUCGGUGAUAAGGAGAAACAAAUGGCAUUACUUCGUGAACAAAGAGACCGAGCCGAUGCUGAUAAACAAGAAGAACGUGAACUUCAUGAACGUGAAGUUGCCGAUUAUAAGAUUAAAUUGCGUGCCUCCGAAAGUGAAGUUGAGAAGCUAAAUACCCGCCUGGACAGAGCCCUAUCCGAAAAAGAACGCCUUGAAAUCAAAUUGGAAGCAUCACAGAGUGAAUUAGGCAAAUCGAAAGUUGAACUGGAGAAGGCAACUAGUGAAGUUGGUCGCAGUUGUGCCGAUUGGGAAGCAACUAAACAGCGAAUUGCCCGCCUUGAAUUGGAAAAUGAACGGCUGAAACACGAUUUAGAACGCUCCCAGGUACUAACAACAUUCGGUCGAACCACCUUAAAUACAUCACAAGAACUCGAUAGAGCUACAGAACGUGCCGACAAAGCAUCCGCCGAACUUCGACGUACUCAAGCUGAACUACGAGUUACUCAGGGCGAAACAGAACAACGUUUUUCGGAUGCGGAGAGAGCACGCGAAGAAGCUACUGCCCUGCAAGAAAAACUCGAAAAGAGUCAGGGCGAAGUGUAUCGACUGAAGGCCAAACUCGAAAAUGCUCAAGGCGAACAAGAAAGCUUCCGGCAAGAACUCGAAAAAGUCCAGACAAGUGUUGGACGAAUUCAUGCAGAAAGGGACAAGGCAUUUGCUGAAGUUGACAAGGUGAAAGAAGAAUUGGAACGGACUCAAGCGACACUCGGAAAGGCACAGCUACAACAGGAAAAACUGCAAAACUCACUGGACAAAGCUCAAAACGAAGUAGAUCACCUGCAAGAACGACUGGACAAAUCAACUGCCGAAAACCGUCGUCUGGUCCUUGAGAAGGAGAAACUCACAUUCGAAUACGAUGACAUGCAAUCACAAUUGGACAAGGCUCUUGGUCAAGCUGCACGCAUGCAAAAGGAACGCGAGCUCUUGGCCCUGGACAUGGAACGAAUCAAAGAGAAAAUGGACAAGACACAAAUAUCACUUGCUCGUAUACAGAAAGAAAGGGAUACAUUGUCAGAUGAGCUGGAGACGAUCAAGGAACGAGGAGAAAAUGCCCAGACACUCCUGAUGAAGGCUCAACGUGAAAAGGAGGCAAUGCAGACCGAUGUGGAUGUCCUCAAGGAGAGAUACGAGAAGUCGCAUAUGGUGCAGCAGAAACUUCAGAUGGAGCGUGAUGAUGCCGUCACUGAGUGUGAAAUUCUGAAGGAGAAACUUGACAAGGCACUGUACGCCAGUCAGAAGCUGAUCGACGAGAAGGACACGUCGAACAAGGAGUUCGAGAAAAUGCUCGAGAAAUACGAUAGAGCACAAAAUGAAAUCUAUCGGCUGCAAUCGAGGUGUGACACCGCUGAGGCUGAUCGAGCCCGAUUAGAAGUUGAGGCUGAACGAUCGGGCUUGGGUGCGUCAAAGGCACGUGAAGAUCUGCGUAAACUUCAGGAAGAGAGCACACGUCUGCAAGAGGCUUGUGAUAGAGCAGCUCUUCAGUUGAGUCGAUCGAAGGAGUCUGAAGAGAAUGCCCGUGCAGAACUUGAACACAAUCGUGAACGAUUCGAUAAGAUCCAAACAGACCUUCGAAGAGCACAAGCCGAGAAGGAACAUCUCAAUAGUGAGAUGGAGAGACUUAACUACGAACUGGAGAGAGCACACAAUACCCAGACGAAGGCGAGCUCAUCGCUUGAAGCAGUCAAGGAAGAGGUAACACACUACGUUACCGAGCUUGAGAAAAUGCGCGAACGUUACGAGAAGAGUCAAGCAGAAGUCCGCCGACUCAACGACACCGAUACAUAUGGCCGAGAGACAAGACGCCUCAAGGAGGAGAAUGAGAGACUCCGCGAGAAACUCGACAAAACUCUCAUGGAGUUGGAAACUAUCCGAGGCAAAUCACAGUAUGACUCCGAGUCCUUUGAGAAGUACAAGGACAAAUUUGAGGCUCGCGAACUUGAAAUCCAAAAUAUUGAAUCGAAACUACAUGAAACCACAUUGCAACUGGAACUCUCCAAAGGCGAAGUGGCCAAACUGCUGUCAAACCAGGAGAAGCAACGAAGCGAACUGGAACGCGCACAUAUUGAAAGAGAAAAGGCCCGAGACAAGCAUGAGAAGUUAUUGAAGGAAGUCGAACGGUUGCGACUGCAGCAACAAUCUGCAGCUCUUAGUCCGAGCACCAGCAGUAAUCCCGUGGAAAGACAAGAAAUUGAUCGCCUGCGAGAUCGUCUCGAGAAGGCGCUACAAUCGAGAGAUGCCACCGAACUUGAAGCCGGUCGCCUUGCCAAGGAACUGGAAAAAGCACAAAUGCAUUUAGCCAAGCAACAAGAAACUAACGAGUCUACAAAGAUUGAGUUUGAGCGUAUGUCAGCUGAACUCAGUCGAAUGCACGAACGUCUUGAGAAAGCAGAGGCUGAAAAAGAAUCGUUGAGACAAUCAGGAAAGGGACCUUCACAACAGAACGGCCAACUAGACAAGGCUAUGCAGAAACUAGAGGCCGAUAAUAAACAAAUGAUCACCGAGCGAGAUCAAUUGGUUCAACAGCUCGAGAAGAGCCAAGAGAUGCUGAUGAACUUCCAAAAGGAACUGAAUAGAUGCGAGCAAGAUUUGCAGGCGCAACGAGAGGAGAACCGCAAGCUCCGCAACGGACAUCCACCAUCUGCUGGAAACGGUCAGGAGACCCAACAACUCCGAACCGAAUGCCAACAACUCAAGCAGAGGCUCGAAGCAGCCGAGAAGGCGCUCCAAGCAGCAGCUGCCGCAGCUGCAGCAGCAGGAGGCAACCCUCAGGAGAUUGAGAAAUGGCGUAAGGUCAUCGAACAGGAGAAGAACCGAGCAGAUGCCGCUGAAAAGGCAGCUGGUGAAAUGCAUAAACGAAUACAGAUGAUGGAUAAGACAUUGCAACAACAGCAUCAGCAAAUGCAGCACAUGCAGAAGCAGUUAGCACAAGCACAAGCAGCUCCAGCACCCGCGGGAGGUGCCGCACCAGAUACUAGUAAGGAACAAGAGAAGCUCAAAGCAGACCUACAAGCCGCGUGCCUUGAACGCGAUCGAUUCCAGCAACAAUUGGAAAUGUUGGUACAGGAAUUGGAGAAGAGUCAACUUAAUUUGAACGAAGCAACUAAACAGUUACAAGCCGCACAACAACAGCAACAACAACAACAAGCUAACAAGGGACCAGCCGAUGAGGCUCAACGAAAACAGUUCGAGGCUCAAGCCAAACAGCUUGAAGAAGUACGCAAACAAAUCGAUAAUCAAGCGAAAACAAUCGAAGGCGAACGAAAGAUCAUCGAAGAGCAGCGAAAAUCUAUCGAAGCGAAAAGAAAAGACAUCGAAGAGAAGGAAAAGAAAAUGGUCGACUUCGAUGUGCAAUUACGAAGGCGAAAAGAACAAAUGGAUCAGCUGGAGCGUUCACUGCAACAACAGGGUGGCAGUGCAGCUGUUGCGGGCGAAAUGAACAAGAAACUCAUGGACACGCAACGACAGUUGGAAGCCGUGGUGAAAGAACUGCAUCAUACCAAAGAAGAGGCUAAGAAGUCAACAGCUGAAACCGAAAGACUCUUGCAGCUCGUGCAAAUGUCACAAGAAGAACAAAACUCGAAAGAGAAAACGAUAAUGGACCUUCAACAGGCCCUUAAGAAUGCUCAAGCCAAACUUAAACAAGCACAAACUCAACAGCAAGCAGAUGCUGGACCCGCCGGCUUUCUCAAGAGCUUCUUUUAAAUUAUUCAUUGGACUGUUCCAUGUUAGCGAUUUACAACUUACAACGUUAAACAUCUUUAUAUAGUGUGUGGUGAUGCAUGCGAAGUGAUUGACUUAGCGGUGACGUUUAAAUGUCGUUUAGACAGAUACGGAAACAAAUGCAGUAACCACAAAAUUAAUGGAAAACCGAAGAGAAAAACAUUGUUGAAGAAAGAUGUGCUGAAUCUGUGUUCAAACAAAAACCAGGGAUAUAUGAAACAAAAACAAAACAAAAAAAAACAAACAACAAAAAUAAAAUAAAACAUACUACUCACAAAAAAAUCGGAAAAUGUUGUAAAAUUUGCAAGAAAAAAAGAAAUUAAAUAAGAAGGCAAACCAAAAAAAAAUUAGAACAAUAUUUAAAAAAAAAACAUACAUAUUUAGAAAAAUAAAACUAUGUUAAUAGUAUAAAUGAUAAAUAUAUAUUUAUAUAUAUAUUGAUCAUAAUAUACAAAAGAAAAUAAAGAAUAGUUAAACAUAAUUAUCAAAUUAAACUUUAAAUAUAAUUUAAUAAAAUAAAUACAUAUAUAUAUAUAUAAAUAAAUAAAUAAAUAAUUUAUAGGUAGCUCAGAUAAAGGAAAUAAAAAAUCGUUUAAAUAUAGUGUACAUAUUAUCAUAUAUAUAUAUAUAUAAAUAUAUAAAUAUAUUAAAACAGUUACAAAAUGAAAUUAGUAAAAUUUAUAUAUAUAUAAAAAUAAUAAUAAUAAUAAUAAAAUACUGAUAAAAUAUUUCAGUAACGUAAUCACAAUAAUACAAAUUAACUAUUAACAAUAAUUUAAUCAAUAAAUUUAAACAAAACAACAACAACAAACAAAUGAUCUUAAAACAACAACAAAAGUCGUUACCUUCAUGGCAAAUUUUAUUAAAACAAAAAACAACAAAAACUAUUUAUUUAACUCAAUCUAUAUUUAUUAAAAAAAAAAGAACUCUCAAUAUCACUUAACUAUCUCUUCUAUCGUUCUCUCUGUGUCUUUUUCUCUUAAAAACAAACAAAAAUAAAGAAAACUAGUUUUUAACAAAAACAACUCUUAUUCUAUCUGGUGCUUGAGUGUUUAUAAAUAAUAUAUUAUUAAACUUAGUUUUAUUUUAAAAUAAAAUAUAAUUAUAUACAUUUAAAAAAAAAAUAUGUGGAACUCGAGAACGAAUAAGAAAUGAAUGAUUUCAAUUUUUUUUUUGUUAACAUUUUUUUUUCUUAUUUUUAGUUUCUUCUUUAAGAGGAUAACAAAAAGAUCUACAAAAUAUAACAAUCUUUAAAAAAAAAAUUAUUAACAACACUGCCAUGUUAUAUUUUUUUUUUUUUUUUUGUAAUUCUAACACACUCUUAAUGACAAACAAAAAGAAUCAUUAACAACAACAAAACUGUUACAAAACAAUACAAUAUUGCAAAAUCAUAUCAUUUAGAUUUAUGUAGUAGGAAAUGAAAACAAAAAAUAAAUUUAAAAAAAUAUAGAAACGUGUAUAAGAUACUCUCUAUCUCUCAGAAUGAAAAUACCUUUGAAAUAAAUUAAAUAAAAAAAAGAAGAUAAAUAGCAAGAAAAACCUACAUUAUGAAUGUUGAAUAUUUCUAAUAUGGGAAACGUAAAUAAUUUUAAAUUAGUUAGAUUGGAAAAACACAUCACAGACAACACAAAAAAACACAAACCGAACACUUUCCAUUUUCCUCACUUUUGAGAUUUUUUUUUAUUUUUUUUUAUUCACUUUGUUGGUUUGGUCUUACGAAAAUAUUCGUGUCACAUUUUAAGUUUCCCAAAAAUCUCUCUCCUGCAAAUACAAGUAUGAAAUAUGAAUAACCAAAAAGGCAUAUUAACAUAAAACUAAAAAAAAAUACAUUAUAUAAAUCUUUAUAGAAACAAAAUAACAUAACACAUAAUAUUCGACCAAUUGAAUAAGAUAAGGAAUAAAAAUAGGAAAGCUUGUUUAAACAUACAAACAACAACAAAACAAAAUACCAACACUCAUAGUUAAGUUUUUUCUACAGUUAUAUAAAAUUGGACUCAAUUUUUUUUUUUUGAUCAAUUUAAAAAUAAAAAAAAAUAACCCAAAAAAAACGGCUAUGUAAUUAAAAUAAAAUUCAAAAACAAAGAUAAACAUAAACAUAAACAUACAUAAAUACAUUUUAGCUACAUUUCUGUAAAUUCAUUAUAGUCAAAUUAAAAAAACAUAAAUUAAUAUAAAUAAAUUCAUAUAUAGCAAAAAAAAAAAAAAAAAAAAAAUACCCCAUUUUAUUUUUAAUCAUUCAAUCUAAGUGAAAAGGAAAAACGUCUAUGCUUGUUACAUUUUACAAUAGCGACUCAAAACUCAAUCUCAAUAAACUAAUUUUCAAAAUGCAGAAACUACUUUAAAAAAAAAAAACUAUGCAACUGCCCAGCAAAACAUCCACACACAUCCUCCCAAACUGUAGGUGCACUGAGAAUAUUAUUUCCAUAUAUAUUUUCUGUAUAAACUAUACGAAACUUUCUAUUUAGCUAUAAUUUUUUUUUUUUUUUUUUAAUUUUACAUUUCUAUAUAAAUAAAUAAAUAAACAUAUACAAGAUGAGAUAACUUUCCACCUUAACCUACAACAUAUAUCAACUACCGAUUUUUAGAUAAUAACGUAAAAAAUAAAAUAUUGAAUAAAAAUAAAACGAAAGGUUUGGGAAGGGCUGCAUUUAGUUUUGAGGUCACGCAAGUGACUUGAAGCCUUAUUUUUUCUUUUUGUUUUUGUUCUUCUGCAGUCUGGGAGUGGGAGAUUUAAUAAAAUAAAAAACAAGAAAUAAAUAAUAUUAGAAAAGCAAAUAAUAAAUUUAGAAAAAAAAGUCUCCUUAAAAAUUAUAUGUUGUUCAAAAAUUUAAAAAAAAAUACUAUAUAUAUAUAUAUUUAUAAAUAAAGCAAUUGUAUUGAACUUAUUGAAUUUAUUGUAAGUUAAAAGAAAAAUUAAUGAAAGGCGAUAAUUUUCUCGUUUUUUUUUUUUUUUUUUUUUUUUUUUUGUUAGAUCAGUUUAAUGUAAAAUAAGCAACAACAGACAAAAAUGUAUAAGCAAAGCAAACAAAUAUACGUUUUUAUGUAAGAUUUAUUCAUUUUUUUACCUCGAUAUUCAUUGGUUAGUAAAUUAAAAAAAAAAAAAUAAACUAAAAAAUUCAAUAUUUCAACAACAAAUAAAAAAAAAAAAAAACUUGCAUUAUUAUACUAUAUACAAAUACAAUGUAUAAUAUUGUAUAUGUAUAUAAACAAAUAUGUACAUUUUUCUGUAUGUAUAUCAUUGAAAAUAAAAAUAAUAAUAAAUAAAAAAAAUUCGGCUAAUGUUCAAAGAAAAAAAUAUAUUUAAAAAUAAAAAUGCAAAUAUAUAUAUAAAUAAAAUAUACAUAAACAAUAUAGAAAUAAAUAAAACAAAAACAAAAAAAUAACAAUAAUAUUUAUAUCGUAAAAUUAAAACAAAAAAAAAACAUAAAAUAAUAAUAAUAUUAUACUACUACAAUUAAUAUUCUUAUUAUUAAUAAUAAUUUUCAAAUUUAAACAAAAAAAAAAACAAAAUGAAUUUAAAAAAUAUACAAAAAGAAUUAAUAUUAUCGUUACCGUUAUUAUGUGCAAACAAAACCAAAAAAAAAAAAAAAGAAAAACAAACAAUGCAAAAUUAUUAUUGAUAAUGACUAUAUUAUUAAAAACAAAAAAAAACUGAGAAAAAAAGUAAUAUUAUUAUUAUUGUAUAGUUUAAAUUUAAACAAAAAAAAUAGUUUUCCUUUUUCCCCCUUUAUAUCCAUUUUUCGGUUAAAUAUUUUUUUUUAUUUGUUAUAUAAAUUCAAAAAAGUAUUAUAAAAAAUUUAAAACAAAAUGAAAAAAAACCUUGAAGAAUGUUGUGUACAUUCUAAGCAAAAAAAAAAAUAAUAAAACAACAAAUGAAAAAAAAAAUAAAAGAUGUAUUAUUCGAAAUGUUUAUAUAUAAAUGUCGACAAUGUCAUUAUAAAAAAAAAUGUUCUUCAAAACUGCCUACAAAUAAAUUUAUUUAAAAUGAUAAACUGA